AAUUGCCAUAAUUGUUAAGGAGAUAACUUUGCUGGUCUUUGAUGUGUAAUUUAUUUCUCUGCUUCCAUUGAAAAAGUUUAGAACUUCCUAGUAUUCUGCCCAUUUGAGAAACUAGUAAUUGUCCUUUAGUGACGUGUUAUCGCUUGACUUAAAAGGGCAUUUAUUUUUAUAUUUAUUGCAAUGUUCCUCACAUCCUUUCUGAAAAAAAUCAGCAGCAGCGAGAGCAAACCGCAACCUAUCAAAGUAGAAAAUGUGAUAUCAGAAGAUGCCGUUCCCAUCAGUUCGGUUAACUUACCUAGUUGGAAGGAUAGAACAGUCUGGUCGGCUCUACUCGUAUUACAACCAGAUGUUAAUAGUCAAUGUCAAGAAAUCAAGGAAGCAAUUACAGACCUACUGAGGAUGGUUAAGGACCCUGAAAAGCCCAACACAUUAGGAGAUCUGCAUGUUAUUACUGAUGAAUCUGUUCAAGUCCAACCCUUCGAGGGAAAUGGGUACUUGGUAAGGAUUGAUUUCAACCCAACCGUUCCUCAUUGUUCUUUAGCCAGCCUUAUUGGGUUAUGUAUCAGAGGCAAGAUACAGCAAAAUGUGUUGGAGAGAAUCAAGCUAGAUAUUGUAAUUGCAGAGGGUAAACACAGUACAGAGGAAGAAAUUAACAAGCAGAUAAACGACAAGGAAAGAGUCGCUGCCGCCUUGGAGAAUCCCAAUUUGAAAGAAAUGGUCGAUAAUUGCAUAAGAGACGAAGAAUAAAUUAGACAGGAAG